CCUGGACAGUAAAAAGGGGGGUUGGGGUAGUGGAAUCAGUUCAGCUUUGGACACAAGAGAGUUUGAGCUGUGUCUAGGAUAUCCACCAAGAGGUAAUGGGAGGUAUAUUGGGCAGAGAUCUGGGCCCAGUAUUAAGAAUGGGAAAGUCAUCUGUAUGGGUGAUACAAAUUGUGAGUUAACCAAAAGAGAGGGAGCAGGAUCCAGGACAGCCAUGACGGGGAGAUCUACCAUUAGUGGGCAUGACCUGGAGGAAGGUCUAGCCAAGGAGAGAGUUCAUUACAGGAAUGCAAAAGGCCGAGCAUCUAGAAAGGACUGUGGGGGAGACAAUGGUGGGGACGGGAAACUGGAGAGAAGGCAGUUUCAGUGGCGCGAGGACGAACGAAGAAGAAAAUAAGGGGGAGGAGAAAGUUCAGUUUAGUGUUUGGUGCUGGGUGCCGGGAUAGAUUUCCUCAAACUUGGGGGGCAAACAUAGAUCUUCGUGUUCACUGGCUUUUAGCACUUCCUUUAAUUAUGGUUUUUAAAAAGCUACCAUAGUCUUCAUCAGACUGAGAUGAGUGGGGAGGAGGAGGGACAAGACACAGAAAAGACAAAGAAGAUAGGAAGUCGGCUGCCCCUAAAAUUAAUGAGCUUCCCGUUAAUGGAGGGGAUGUUGUCCAAGGGAACUCCUGGAAGGCAGAGACGGCCCUUUGGGAUUCUUUCCAACUUGGCGGGUGUUGGGGAAGUUCCUCCUCUGGGACGCGCCAGUGGCUGGCCAUCCUAGUGAACUGCUCCAGUUGCCCAGCGCUGAGUUGCCGUAGCUCUAGAAGCGCACUUGGCUCCCUCGCUCUAUUUCGCGCGCUCUUCCCCCCUUCCUCGCGCAGUCCUUUGCCCCGCCCCCUUUCCCCUCCCUCGCGCUCCUCCUCCCCGUACCUCUUCCCUCUCUCGUUAGCGUUCCCCUCCCUAACACUUCCUCCCUCUCCCUCGCCCCUCCCUCUCUCCCUCGCUCUCGCAGCCCCCUCCUUCCCUCCGUCCUCCCCCUCGCCCCGCCCCCUUUCUUUCCUCUCUCUUGUUCACGUUCCCCCUCCCCGGCACCUCCUCCUUCCUUCCCGUCUCCCGAAACGCGCCCUCCCUCGCCCCGCCCCCCAACCCUACUCGCUCGGUCCUACGUCGUUCUAGCGCCCCCUCCCCCUCUUACUAAAGCCUCGUCCCCUCCCUCUUUCUCGCUGGUCCUCGCGCCGUCCCUCGCUCCGCCCCGCCUCCUUCCUCCCCAAGUCCUUUCCACUCUCUCCCGCCCUCCCGGCCGGACAGACGUCUGCCCGGCGGAAGGACUACAACUUCCAUGAUGCUUGGGGAGGCAGGGGGCGGGCCGGCCGCGCUGGUGUUUCCGGCGGCGGCGGCGGCGGCCGGGGACGGUGUGAGAGGUGGUAAGAUGGCGGCGGCGGCGGUGGAGUUCCAGAGAGCCCAGUCCCUGCUCAGCACCGACCGGGAGGCCUCCAUCGACAUCCUGCACUCCAUCGUGAAGCGUGAUAUUCAGGAAAAUGAUGAAGAGGCAGUUCAGGUCAAAGAGCAGAGCAUCCUGGAGCUGGGGUCGCUUUUGGCCAAGACCGGACAGGCCGCAGAGCUUGGGGGGCUCCUGAAGUAUGUACGACCCUUCUUGAACUCCAUCAGCAAGGCGAAGGCGGCUCGUCUGGUCCGAUCCCUGCUGGACCUCUUCCUUGACAUGGAAGCAGCCACAGGGCAGGAGGUUGAGUUAUGCUUAGAGUGCAUUGAGUGGGCCAAAUCUGAGAAGAGGACUUUCUUACGUCAGGCUCUGGAGGCGAGGUUGGUAUCUUUGUACUUUGAUACGAAGAGGUACCAAGAAGCAUUACAGUUGGGUUCUCAGUUGCUGAGAGAGUUAAAAAAAAUGGAUGACAAGGCCCUUCUGGUGGAAGUGCAGCUCUUGGAGAGUAAAACAUACCAUGCCCUGAGCAAUCUUCCCAAAGCGCGAGCCGCCUUAACGUCUGCUCGAACCACAGCAAAUGCCAUCUACUGCCCUCCUAAGUUGCAGGCUACCUUGGACAUGCAGUCAGGUAUCAUCCAUGCGGCAGAAGAGAAGGACUGGAAAACAGCAUAUUCUUAUUUCUAUGAGGCAUUUGAGGGCUAUGACUCCAUCGAUAGCCCCAAGGCCAUCACAGCACUGAAAUAUAUGCUGCUUUGCAAAAUCAUGCUCAACACGCCAGAAGAUGUUCAAGCCUUAGUGAGUGGGAAGCUCGCACUGCGGUACGCAGGAAGGCAGACAGAAGCAUUAAAAUGUGUGGCUCAGGCUAGCAAGAAUCGAUCGCUGGCAGACUUUGAAAAGGCACUGACGGAUUACCGGGUAGAACUCCGGGAUGACCCUAUUAUCAACACUCACCUGGCCAAGCUGUAUGAUAACUUAUUGGAACAGAAUCUGAUCCGGGUUAUUGAACCCUUUUCCAGAGUCCAGAUUGAACAUAUAUCCAGUCUCAUCAAACUCUCUAAGGCCGACGUGGAAAGGAAACUGUCACAGAUGAUUCUUGACAAGAAAUUUCAUGGGAUCCUGGACCAGGGGGAGGGAGUCCUGAUUAUUUUUGAUGAACCUCCAGUAGAUAAAACUUACGAAGCCGCUCUGGAGACGAUUCAGAAUAUGAGUAAAGUAGUGGAUUCACUCUACAACAAAGCCAAGAAACUGACAUAGAGUUGGAUUUGGUAGCUGUCGUUUGGAGAGUGUGUGUGGCAGGAGAGUGAAACCUUUGGGGAAAAUGCUAGGAGAUUUUUUUUCUUUUUGUUCUACUUUUCGCUCGGAAAGUUUUUAAAUUUCCUCAUUCGGUGCAUCUGUAUUCCAGCCGAUAGGUGUGCCAGUUUCCAUGUAAUCUUUACUGGCCCAACUUGGGAGUGGGGAAUAUUGUUUAAAAAAAAAAAAAGAAAAAAAAGAGGUUAUUCUAAAUAAAAAGAAAAAGGCUUACACUACCUAAUAGCUGUGCUCUCUGCCUCCUGGGAGAGGGCCACAAAGGCGGCAUCGUGGCCACCCACCAGGGUACAGGCUCCAUCCGCUGGGCUGUCUCUCUCCUCCUCUUGUCAAUUGGAUAUUUGCCGACCGUCCAAAGCAGCCAACUUUAUAUUCUGUUUGUACUGAACCAAAACAAGCGACGGUGUGUAGACUGCUCUUUUCUUUUCUAUCGGAAACGAGGCAUCUCGAUGUUCUUUCCCCCUGCUGUGCUUCCCCACCCCGUGGUCCCCCAAGAACGCCGCUCCAGCACCCUGUCCUGAAGGGCCUGGCAGCUCCAGGUUGCGGGGCUUGGAGCCGGCCUCCGGCACGGCCACUCGAGGGAUCAUUGCAGGCCCUCCAGCCCCCUGGGGCCUGCUGUGCAUGUGGCUCUUAUUCUUUUUAAAACUCGAACAGAAAAACUAGACUAGACUUCAGUGUUUUAACGGCCCCCUCUGCCCCGGCACACCCCACGCCUCAGUCAGUAGUGGAGGCCGUCUGAUGUCUCCUUCCUCCCCUCCUUUCUCCCGGCAGUCUCUGCGUGGUGGAGAGAGGCUAUUCUGAAAUCGACCGGCUUCUCUCCGUCUCUUCUACUCCCCUUUCUCCUGCUGUCAAAUGGAUUUAUUCCUUUUUUAAAACAAUGAACAUUGGAAAUGAGACUGUGGGGGUGUCUUUAGGGUUUUUCCUUUUUCUUUCUUUUUUUUUUUUUUGUAACCAUUUUUUGGGGGUGGGGUGGGAAUGGGGUUUCAAAUAACCUCAUGUCACCCUCCCAGGGAGCUUAUUUAUUUACCUCUUAAAAAUCAAAUUGGUGGGAGGCGGAGCACUGUAUUCCAGCAUGUUUUGUUUUAUGAUGAGAUUACUCAGCAAGGUUUUAAUGCCAUUUGGGCAGUGUAAGCUUCUGCAUCUUUGUUGUGCUGAAUUCUCUUAUUCUUCCUCAUCUUUCUCACCUGUGCCCAUUUUCUCUCUCUGGUCUAAUCUCUUCUCAUCUCUUCUGCCUCCUCCUCUCCCCUUCUCUCUUUCCUUCUUUCUCCUACUCUCUGGCCCUUUUUCUCACCCAGAUUUUCUUAAUAAAUUUAUAUUUUGUAAAAGGAUUUUGUUGUACCCAGUUUUGCAUCUUCACUUAAUCUCUGACUGGCUAUAUUCCUUUUAUCUUCCCGUCGUUCCCCUCCCUGCCCCUUCUCCCCUUCCUUUUCUCCCCAGAAUCAUUUCUUUUUGUUCUUACCGUCACCUUUAUCCUUUCCUUAUCAGUCCCUAUCAUGUCCAGUCACUGUUUUGGUUUUGGCACCAUCAAUAUCAAAUGUACAAACGGUUCUUGCUAACCAACACCAGGUAUAUCUGAUGUUCAGAUGAGUUCCAAUAAAAAGAAUUUUUUUUUCAA